UGUCAGUGCAGAUAAUAGACAGAGAUAGAGAAACAGUCCCAAACACCCUCUCUAUCUCUCUCUAUAACACACACAUAGAUAUACAUACGGACACCUUUUUUUGUGUGUGUGUAUAUAUAUCGGUAGAUGGAUCUACAUGGAGAAACAAUCUACGAAGAAUCCGAUACGCUUUUUCAGAAAAAUCGGUGUUGUUGUUCCUUCCCGUGGAAAAUUCGAACGCCGGACAUUGGAAACACCUCCCUGUGGAUCCGUGGAGUCAACGCACUGAAGAAGAUUCGCGAGUGGUCGGAACUCGUAGCUGGUCCGAGAUGGAAGACUUUCAUCCGGCGGUUCAACCGAAACCGGAGCGGCCAUAACAGGCAUGUGAAUUACCAAUACGAUCCAUUGAGUUACGCGAUGAAUUUCGACGAGGGGCCGGGGCAGAGUGGUAAUUUCGAGGAAGAGGAUGGGUAUUAUUAUAUGUCAAGGAAUUUCUCGUCCAGGUACGCCGCCUUCCCGGCGUCAUCUAAAACUUCUAUGGACCUCGGCAAGGAUGCGACGCCCUCCUCCGUAUAACGUGCGCCAGCGGUGCGAAGUGUGAGAGGUGAAGCUUAGCGGUCGAUCAAUUAUUGUUAAUUACAGCUCAUCGUUUUAUGCUACUAUGUGUUAAUUUUAUUUUUAUUUUUAUUUUUUGGUUUGAUUUUAUUUAUAUAUAUAUUUUUGAAAUUUUCACUUUUGGUUAGCUUGUGUUUGUACUGGGGAUUGCGUGUAAGUUUUCGAAUUUUUAAUUUAUUAUUGCGUGUUGGAUUUCAUAACCCUGUAAUGUAACCCGCACGGCCGCAAGGCGUCUUUUUAUUUGUUAAUAAAAAGUUAUA